CUAAGUUAUAUUGAGCACACGAGUUGCAGUUGGUUGUAUAGUGUCAGUGAUUUCACAGGAGGGCUUCAAGUUAUCUUAUAGAGAAGUGAUCGACAAUGGGUAUAUACCCAUACGAGGUCGUGAUAUCAGGAAUAUCUGGAAAGUUUCCGAACUGUCACAAUGUUCAAGAGUUCAAGGAAAAACUAUUCUCCAAAGAGUUCUUGUUGACACCAGAUGACAAGAGGUGGAACCCAGCCGAGCGUGAUAAGCCAUUUUUGACCGGCAAAGUUCCAGACGUCGAGAAGUUUGACAUCGCAUUCUUCGGCGUCCCGAAGAAACUGGGUCUCUCCUCGGACCCCGUUCUGGGUUUGUCAAUGGAAGCUAGCACAGAGGCUAUGAUAGAUGCAGGAGUCAAUCCAUGCGCUAUGAAGGGAAGAAACAUAUCUGUCAUUGUCGCUUCAACUACUACUGAUGCCGAGGUCCUCAGAUAUUUCGAUGGAUCUUUUCUUGAUGGCCAAGCGAUGCAGGGGCUGGCCAGGACAAUGUUCGCCAACCGCCUGUCUUACGUUUAUAACUUUACAGGUCCUAGCUACAACGUCGACUCGACGUGGGUUUCUGCGGUCCAGGGACUUGAGAAAGCGGCUGCCAUCGUAGGUCAAGGGCAUGUGGAAGCGGCUAUAGUGACCUGUGUAAACCUCACCUUCCACAACAGCAUCGAUAGAGAAUUCAUGGACAUCGACCCGGAGCUCCUGUCGGAAUCGGAGAGAUGUUCGCCAUUCGAUGCCAAAGCUGAUGGAUUUCUCAGAAGUGAAGGAAUCGUGUCUUUUUUCAUACAAAGGACCCAAGACGCCAAGAGAAAUUACUGUACUGUUCUCAACACUCAGACACGAUGUCUCAAUGGGCAUCCUAGCAGUUACACGUCCAUCAACCCUUCUUUAGAACAUUUCUUUAACGAUUUUUACACUAAGAGCGAGAUUAAUCCGAAAGAUGUGUCCUACGUUGAAACAUUCGGAUUUUGUAAUAAGGAUCGGGACGCCGAUGAGCUCAAUGCAGUUGAAAAGGUGUUUUGUGAGAAGCGGAAUUCCUCGUUGUUGAUUGGGUGUGGAACUGGAAACUACGGAAAUACUGAGACAUCGUCAAGUUUUGUUUCAUUGACAAAAGCCAUCUUUGCGCUCGAAGAAGGGUUGAUCCCUCCUACCCUUAACUACAACACUCCCAACCCUGUUGUGCCAGGACUAGUUAACGGUAAACUAAAGCCAGUUACAGAAUCUACCAAACUCACAGGUGACCUAGUGGCGGUGAACACUUUGAACUACUCAGGGAACGCAGCCCAUACACUUCUGAGGCGAAAUGGCAAAGCAAAAAAGUCUCAUUUUGCCAAAAACCUCUCCAAAGAUGACUUGCCAAGGCUAUGUAUACUACAAGCUAGAAAUGAAGAGGGGGCCAGCUUUGUAGCAAAAAAGAUAUCUAACACACCUUAUGACGCAGAGUUUGUGUCUUUGGUUAACAAUGUAUUCAAAACACACAUUCCCCAUUACUUAUGGCGGGGAUUCUCAGUUGUCCCUGGUGCUGAUGGCCAACCUCCCUCGGAGAUAAAGGAACUGGAACCAGUUAAGCGACCAGUUUGGUUCGUCUUCUCAGGGAUGGGCUCACAGUGGGCGGGGAUGGGUCGAGACCUCUUACACAUCCCCGAGUUCGCAAAGGCAAUAGACAAAUGUGACCAAUGCCUCCGACCCAUGGGAGUGGACAUCAAACAUUUAUUGACUGAAAAGGACCCUUCGUUGUUCGAUAACAUACUCAACAGUUUUGUGGGCAUCACAGCUGUUCAGAUUGGUCUGGUGAACAUCUUGCGGGCUCUGGGAGUGUCACCUGAUGGAAUGAUUGGCCAUUCUGCGGGAGAGACUUGUUGUGCUUAUGCUGAUGACUGCCUUACGUUAGAGGAGGCCAUCAUGGCAUCUUACUACAGAGGGAAGGCCACGCUGGAUGUUCAAAGCACUCAAGUUAAAGGGAUGAUGGCUGCCAUAGGGAUAGGAUACGAGGAUAUAAAAGACAGGGUACCCCCCACCAUAGACGUGGCAUGUCACAAUUCCUCCGAUAGUUGCACCAUAUCUGGUCCAGAAGAUGAUAUUAUGAAGUAUGUGGAAGAGUUGAAAUGUCAGGGAGUGUUUGCAAAGGCGGUCGACGUUUCUGGAAUCGCGUAUCACUCCAGAUACAUCAGACCCAUCGCUCCAAGACUGUUCGACUAUUUAACAAAGGCGAUCAAAUCUCCGAAGCCCAGGUCCAGCAAAUGGAUCUGCACUUCAGCCUCCGAGUCCUUGUGGGAUCAUGAAGAUGUGAAGUUGUGCUCUGCGAAGUACUUCACUAACAAUUUGAUCAACCCCGUCUACUUUGAAGAGGGUUGUAAAUUUAUACCUAAGAACGCCGUCAUCAUAGAGAUAGCGCCUCAUGGGCUUUUGCAAGCCAUUCUCCGUAGAUCUAUCAGCCCAGACUGUAUCAACAUCCCCCUCACUAGUAGAACCGCUGGUUCCAACCUCUAUUACUUCCUCUCCGCAGUUGGGAAGUUGUAUCUGAACAGCGUAGAUAUCGACGCCAACGCUAUAUUUCCUGCUGUAGAAUAUCCUGUCUCAAGAGGUACUCCUAUCCUAAGUACACUAGUGACUUGGGAUCAUGAAGAAUCUAGGAAGUUGGACUUCCAUGCUGAAAUCCAAAGGGCAGUUCAAACUAAUACAUUUGAAAUGAGUAUAUCAUUGAGUAGUGAGACAGCGGAGUUCAAAUACUGGCGUGAGCAUUGUUUGGAUGGCAAUGUUGUUCUACCUCUCAUGCAGCUGUUGGUGCACCCGUGGACGAUGGUUUAUAGCAAAAAACAGAUUAAAAUGGAAAAUCACUCUGUUGUUUUCGAAGACGUGAUCUUCAGCAAUAUUGUGACUGUGGGGGAUGUGGAAAAACAUUUAUCAGUGAACUUCUCUCCCACGAGUUACCGUUUUGAAAUAUCAAACGAUGAGCUUAGUCCUGCAAUAGAAAGGAAUAUCGUGACCGGCAAGGUACGAGAAGCAAAUGUCCAAAAGCAUCUGGUUCCCAGGCUUGAUGAAGAGGGCAGUAGCCUGACAAAAGUAAAUGGCAAAGAGGUUUAUGAUGCCCUGGCACAAUACGGUAUUCAGCUUGGACCUCAGUUCCAAGUAAUCAAACAAAUAACCAUAGGAGAAUAUGAAAGCGCAGCAAAAAUAAAAUGGACUUGUGAUGUGAUCGUUUUCGUAGAUGCAUUAUUAAAAUUUUUAACAUAUGUACAAAUCGAAAAGAAGCCAUCGUCAAUGCACCAACCUACUUCUUUCAUCAAACUUGAAAUCAACAAACCACUGUUGUGUGAUCUACCAAACAAUACUGUACUAGAUGUGCACUACGACAGUCGAUGUAACAGGUUGGUUUGUGUGGCGAUAGAACUACUUGGUGUCACAUUCAAAUCAACUCCAUAUAAGAGGAAUGACUGUCUAAAAUGGAGGGAAUUGAAGUUCAAGCCAUACUUUGACAGUAGCAUAUCACUGGAUGAGUUUUUGCGUACGAGCCAACAAAUAGCGAAGGAAGUGGGCUUAGGAACGUGGCUAGUCAACCCUGCUCCUCUACAUCUUCUCUUGGUGAAGCCUGAAACUCCUGAAAAUCAAUCUUCCUACCAGAAUUUGGUGAAGCUUUUCCACGGUCAUACUUAUUUAUACGAUAAUGUGUCAGAAGUAGACGUUGAUGAAGCAAUUCAUCUUCUAAAAUCGAAUGAUCAACAGAGGUAUUUGGUAGUUGGGGAUCAGACAACAGUUUUCUCACUGACGGAUACUAUUAACCCAGAUAAACUGUACUGCAUCACAUUUGUGAAAUCUCUACAAACCAACGGUGUGAAUCUGAGGUCGUUGCUGGCAUGCGAUCAUGAGGGAGGAAAACUCACUUUAAUGAAAAAGACCAACAACGAGAGCCCUGUAGUGGUGUCCUUGGAAGGGAAAGACUGGUUGGAGAAGACCCGCAAAGCUGUUGAGGCUCUUAGUAACCCUCAAUCCAUCGUCUUGGUCACCAGGUCACUGGAGCCCCGUCAAGUUUUGCCCAUCCUUGCCAAUGAACCAUACGUGGCUUCCAUCAGGACAGUGUUCAUCCAGCAAGCCAAUGCAGCUCAGUAUUCAAACACCUCACCUACAUUUUCAUCGCAACUACUGCUUGGGUUGCCUGUAAACAUUUUAUUUGACGGUAUUUGGGGCAGUCUAAGGUCUGAGGAAGUGAAAGUUGACAUGAAAAGCAAUCUCAAUGCUUCCGUUGAAAGAACUGAUGCAGGAAUAGACUUACACUACAUUGGAUUGAAUCCUCCUACGUUCGACGAUGGACUCGAGUGUGAUUUGCCAGAACUGAAGUGUGCAGACUACUCUGGAACUACUGAAGCUGAUCAGCCGGUCAUGGGAGUGGCCAUGUUCCAAACAGACUCCAAAUCUCUUAGUCCAGACCCGGUGUUGAGGUGGCCAGUGCCCUCUGAUUUUACUAUGGAGGAUGCAGCCACUGUGCCUGUUACCUACGGACUGGCUUAUUAUUGCAUUAACCUAAAGGCCAAAGUGGAACCCGGAGAAACCGUGUUGGUGCAUGCUGGGAUGAGUCCUAUAGGCCAAGCAGUAAUAUGUAUGGCACUUACAGCUGGGGCAGACGUCAUAACAUUUGUUAGUAAUAAAGAAGAAGGGUUUCAGCUAAGAAAAAGAUUCCCUAAGCUCAACCCAAGUUAUAUCAUAAUCAGAGGAUUAGAAGACUUAGACAUUCCAGUGAGGAAGUUGACCCAGGGAAGAGGAGCGGAGGUCAUAGUGAACUGUCUUCGAGGCAGAGAUAUGCAAGCCACAGUGAAGGUUAUGGGGACAGACUGUAGGUUCCUUCAUCUCGGACGCAUCACAGUGGAGGAUAGAGAAAGCAUUGGCAUGCUGGUAUUCCUGAAGCGAACAUCUCUUCACGGGAUAACGGUGGAGAAUUUAACAAGGUGUAGUGAGGAGGAAAAAAUUCAAAUUCAACGGGCGGUUUUGGAUGGCAUUAUAAAAGGGGAUGUGAAGCCAUUAAAGCGGAAAACAUUUCCAUGGCGUAGUCAGUCGGAAGUAUUAGAGUUCCUGAAAAAUAAAAGUAUGGAAGAAAAGACUGUGAUAUCUAUAAAGGGUGAAUCGACCUCUUCUAAAAGUUUUACGUUUGAUCCUCACGAAUUCGUAGUUAUAGCAGGUACCUCAAGCAACUUUUGGUUGGACGUAGCAAGUUGGGUACUUGCUCACGGAGGUCAACAUCUCAUUGUUUUGACCACGGAGAACAUGAUGGCUGCCAAAAACUUUCACAAAAUCGACAGAUUAGUUUCGCAACAUCCAGCCACACUAACACUUUACCCUCUCUCACGAUUUGACACUAUCCAAAAUGGCACUAACCUAAUCGAAGAGUUACUACAACUGAGGCCCAUUGACACUUUUCUUUGUUUGAAUAUGGACGAAUGCAGUAGUAGAAUGAGGAAUCUGGAGAUAGCCGUUAGAAAGACUGUACCAAGACUGAGGAGGUUCCUUGCACUACUGGGCCAGGGUGCAGGGGUGUGUGAAGCCAGGGCUCGGGGUGGACUGAAUGUGUGUUGUAUUCAAAGAGACACACACCUUGACUCUCCAGCCAAUAUCCUUCCUUACCUGAAAACAAUACUUGCAGACAAAACUUCUGGCUCCAAAUUUAUGGCUGUUGGAGAUUUCACAAGGAGAUCGAACAAAGAAGACUUGAGGAUUUCAUCUUCAGACGUUCAGGAACACCUGCCUCAGAGUUUGGCUGAGUUAGAGCUCUUGGGGCUGAAUCUCUCCCAAACCCAACUGCAAGAGGUGCCUUCCCUCAGCCCUCGGUAUGAGUACGUCAGGCAUCAGUUGUUACCUGUGUUCGUUAUCCCUGGAAUCAGCAGUAGCAGAAUAGAACCUCUCAUUCAGCGUUUGAUGCACCCUGUCUUCUGUCCUACUCUUCCACCGUCCUUAACCACCUUUGAACAGUCCGCUACAUACCUUCUGGAGCAAAUACAAGCAAUCCAGAAGAACGGCCCUUACAAUCUAAUAGGAGAGACGUGGAGUGGAAUAGUGACACUUCACUUGACAAGACUUCUUGAAGAACGAGGACACAAGGUGGUGGUCUUUCUACUGGAUGCAGCUCCUAGUUUGUCUCAGGCUCGAGCCAGCGUCUUCCGGAAAUCUUCGGGAAUGUUCGCUUCUGAAGAGUUCCUGUCUUGUAUCCUUGGUCAACAGAGGAAUAUGGAAAAUGGUGUGGAUAAAUUAACAUCUUGGGAAGAAGAAUUAAAUCUAAAAACAAAAUGUCUUCUUUCUACGCAGCAAACGUCCGAAGAAUCGUUGGACAACAUUCGAAAGUAUUUGUCAGCGUUAAAAAGACGUCUUACAGAUAUUAUGGAAUACAAAUCCCAACAACAGAAGGUCAAAGCAACCGUACAUUUAAUACAAACUAGCCAAUACGCAGACUCUGAACUUCUUGACAUGUCCAAGUGCUGCCAAAACAGUCCUUGUCUCCACAAAGUUGAAGACAAUACACUAAGGGAAGCCAUCAGAAACCCCAUAACAGCUACCAUCAUUAAUGAAAACGCGAUCUUUACUUGGAAAUGAUAGAUAUUUUAUGUUUUAAUUACAAUUAUAGUAUUUGUAUUUAUAAUU